AUGACAGUAGCACCACUCUUGAGAUAUGGGAAAUACUGUGGAAUAUUUUACACUGGAUGUCCAGGGGAAGAUCCAUGUGAUGGGCUUGACAAGUGCUGUAUGACUCACGAUCACUGUAUCAGCAACUCAAACUACGUCAACGUGACAUGCAAUCAGGCUCUGCUGGACUGUGUUGAAGCUUACAAAAAUUCUGGAGAUGGGCAGUUCCCAGGCAAUAGAUGCGACAUAGGAGAUGUGGAGAAGACCAUUCAUAUUGCCAUUAAAGCUGGUGUUUGGAUUGGAGAUGGUAUUGGAGAUGGGCCUGCUGUUUCUCCCUCUGAUCUUCCCUAG